AAUGCUACCGCCCACUUGUUUGUGGUCCUGGGACACGCUCUAAAUCAUUUUCCACUCAACAGCGAAGCCAUGAAGCAGGUCGCGACCAGGAGUAGGGAUAAAAACACGCUUCAGCAUGCCAUUGGACCAUUCCUGGUGGUGGCACAGUUCUUUGGUGUAAUGCCAGUGUCUGGGAUCUGGCCAAGCUCACCCGCGAAGAUGGUGCGCUUUCGCUGGUUCUCCCUGUCUUUUAUUGCAGCCAUUGUGAUAUUCGCCUUCUCCAUUAUGGACUGCGGGCUGUCCUCCAAAGUGGUGCUCGAUUAUGGCCUAAAGAUCUAUACCAUAGGUUCCCUCAGCUUCAGCGUGAUUUGCAUCUUCUGUAUUGGAGUCUUUCUGCAGGUGUCCCGCCGCUGGCCGCAUCUCAUCCAACGAACAGCGGAAUGCGAGCAGAUCUUCAUGCAGCCCGACUACGAAUGCUGCUUUGGCCGUGAGUUUAGUCGUCGCCUGCGACUCUGGGGAGUGAUUCUGCUCGUGUCCGCCUUCUGCGAGCACUCAACCUACGUGGGCAGCGCCCUGUACAACAAUCAUCUGCAGAUUGUCGAGUGCAAGCUGAAUGUGAAUUUUUGGUUGAACUACUUUCAGCGCGAGUGCCAGCAGCUCUUUCUAGUGCUUCAGUUUUCCUCUUGGUGGAUACCCUUCAUAGAGUGGACCACCCUCUCGAUGACCUUUGUGUGGAACUUUGUGGAUAUCUUUCUCAUUCUGAACUUUCGGGCAUUGCAGAUGCGCUUCCAGCAGAUGCACUGGCGCAUCCGCCAGAAUGCCUUUCAGCGUAUGCCAAACGAAUUCUGGCAGAGUGUGCGUGGCGAUUUGUUGGAUCUGAAUGAUCUGCUCAGCCUCAACGACAAGGAAUUAUCGGGACUUAUAGUCCUCUCCUGUGCCCACAACAUGUACUUUGUGUGUGUGCAGGUAUAUCACAGUUUUCAAUCGAAGGGAAACUAUGUGGAUGAGCUGUACUUCUGGUUCAGCCUGCUGUAUGUCAUUUUGCGGGUCUUAAACAUGAUGUUUGCUGCCUCUUCCAUACCGCAGGAGGCCAAGGCCAUAUCGGACACGGUCUACGAAAUACCCACGGAAUUUUGGAGCGUGGAACUGAGGCGCCUAAAUGAGAUUUUGAUCUCGGAGAAGUUCUCUCUCAGCGGCAAGGGCUACUUUUUUCUUACACGACGGCUAAUAUUUGCAAUGGUUGGCACCUUAAUGGUUUACGAGCUGGUGCUGAUAAAUCAAAUGGCUGGAACUGUGACCCAGAAGAGUUUCUGUGACGGCGGUGUGGGCUCCUCCAAGAGCGUAUUUGCCUAAUCGGCUGCCUGUCUGUUUUGUUUG